AUGUGUGAAUAUUAUCUAUCCAAAACAAUUUCUAUUAAAAAUGCUAUUAGAACAUUGGUUUUGGCUGAUUGUUAUGCCAAAAGAUUGAUGGACUUUUCUGUUGAUAAAAUGGAGAAAAGUUAUUCCUACGCAAAUAAGCACUCAAUUAUUUACGAAUGGGAAAUAAAAGAAGCAACGUCAUUUAUCAUAUUUUCAACAACAAGUAUUGAGGGUCCAGGUAAAAUUAAAUCCCCUACAUUUUCAACGGGUUCACGCAAUAAUGAUCAAUGGCAUUUGGUAUUCGAAGUUAUGGGCGAUACACGUCUUUUGCCGAAUUAUAAUGUGACCAACAUAUACUUAACUUCGGUUAGCAAAUGUAAACCAAAGGCUGAAUGUCGUGUUUUUAUCUUAAAUAAAAAUAGAGAUAAACACGAUUUUAGUUUUUCAGUUGUAAGUCAUCCUUACGAAAAGUACGUUACUGGAUGUUUCAUAGAUGCUGACUCUUGGGAUCGAUUUGAUAAUUAUUUUGAUGGUGGUACUUUGCCAGUAAGUGAUCUGUUAAAAAAAAAAGAUGAGUUUUUACCAAAUGGUACUUUAACAAUAUCCGUUGAUCUUACUGUGUAUGAUGACCACGUAUCAUUAAGCAAUACAAAAAUCCCAUUGAAAACUAAAGCGACAGAUCAAAUGAUCGAAGAUUUUAAAAAAUUGUUUAUUACUAAAGAAGGCAGUGAUGUUUUUAUUGCAAUUGAUGAUAAAGCAUUUCCAGCUCACAAAUGUAUUCUAAUGGCACGCAGUCCUGUACUUUAUGCAAUGGUUUUGCACGAAAACUUAAAAAAUGAAGUUAAACCUGGAAUAUUUCAAAAAAUCCUCGAAUUUAUUUAUACGUGCGAGAUUGAAAAUUUGGAUGAUCACGCUGAGGAACUAUUGAAAGCCGCUCAUAAAUAUGAACUUCAAGGACUUAGAGAAAUCUGUGAAUAUUCAAUAUCUGACACUCUAACGAUUAAAAAUGCUACUAGAAUACUACUAUUAGCUGAACGUUACAACGCUAAACUUUUAAUGGACUUUUCAACAAACUUCAUUAUCGCAAAUUUCAUAAAAAUUGCAAAUACUGAAGAAUUUGAGGCUCUGGAAGAAUCCCACCCAUCAUUAUAUUUACGUUUACUCAAGCGUAAAUAUACAACUGAUAUGAAAAAUGAAUAA